AUGACAAAGGAAGCUAUCGGGCUUACCGGCGCCCAGAUCCAGCUGUCGGACGCCGACCCGGUCCUGCUCGCGGAGGGCAUGCAGCUCAUCCGCGAAGAGAAGGCCAUGUCGUUCAGGGAGGCCAUGCGUCACCACUGGCGCGGCUGCUUGUGGUCCAUUACGCUCUCCCUCGCUCUCGUCAUGGACGGCUACGACGGUUCGAUUGUCAACUCGUUCUAUGCCCUCCCUGCAUUCCUGGAGCGCUUUGGCGAGAACUAUACGGACAGUGCAGGCGUGACGACGAAGCAGAUUAGCGCCAAUUACCAAACGGCCAUUAGCAACAUCGGACUUCCAGGAAACCUCCUCGCCUUGUUCGUCGUCGGUUACUGCCAGGACCGCUUUGGAUCACGCAGGACCUAUAUUGCUGGGAUGGGAUUAACAAUCUGCGUUGUCUUCCUCUUUGUGUUUCUCCAAAGCAUCAAGAUGUUGCUCGCAGCGAACGCUCUGGGAGCAUUCUGCUGGGGUUUGUUCAACACUCUCACUGCCGCAUACGCUGCCGAGAUCUGCCCCAUCAAGCUGCGUGGUCUGGCUGCCAGUUUCAUCAGUAUGGCGUGGGGCUUUGGUGGAUUCCUGUCGUCGGGCAUGGCUCGCGCCGCGCUCAGCAUUGAUGGCGACUGGAGCUGGAGGAUGCCUUACGUUCUCCAGUUCGUCUGGCCCGUCCCGCUGUUCAUUGUCGCCUGGUUCGCGCCCGAGAGCCCGUACUGGCUCGUUCGCAAGGGCCGUCUCGAGGAUGCCAAGGACAGUCUGAAGCGCACCGCUAGCAAGGGAUACUACGACACCCGCAGCCUGGACGGCUACAUUGCCUACAUCAAGCACACCGACGAUCUCGAGCGCGCCGAGGCUUCCACGGGAUCAGUUUGGGAGAUGUUCAAGGGCACCAACUUGCGCCGUACUGAAAUCAUGAUGGGCUUGUGGGCAAUGCAGGUGUGGUCGGGAACUGGCAUGACUGCAUACGCUACGCAAUUCUUUAAGAACGCCGGAAUGAGCACCGUGGCCGCCUUUAACCUCUCCAUGGUCGUCACUGGCAUGAACAUUGUCGGCUGCUUCAUCGAGUUUUUCCUCAUUGCUCGCUGGGGACGUCGUCCUCUCAUCCUCUUGGGCAUGCUCAGCUUGGCCGUGUGCCUGCUUCUGAUCGGCGCUCUUGGCUGUGUCCCACACUCCAACCCGACCCUCCAAGCCAUCGGUGCCUUCAUGGUCAUGAUCAACUUGCUGUACCACGCCAGUGUCGGUCCCCUUACCUACACCGUCGCAUCCGAGCUCCCCGCCUCGCGCCUCCGUGCCCGUGCCAUUGCCUUUGGCCGCGCCUUCUACUCGUGCAACUACGCCGUGCAGUCCCAGCUCACCCCGCGCAUGGUGUCGGUCACUGGCUGGAACUGGUCGGCCAAGAGCGGCUUCUUCUUCCUCGGCCUCAACCUGCUCAUCACCGUCUGGGCCUACUUCCGCAUGCCCGAGACUGGCGGCUUUUCGUUCGCCGAGCUCGAGCUUCUCUUUGCCAACAAGGUCCCCGCGCGCAAGUUUACCAAGGUCGAGAUCCACGACGAGGCUGUCGCUGGCAACACCAAGUUUGACGAGGCCGACGAGGAGGAGGGACACGGCUACCCGGGCGAGAAGGCUGCGGAGCAGCAGGUCGAGGACAUUGUCUCGCCUACUCCCACACAGUUGAAGUAA